AAAAAGGGAGAGAAUUCAAUCAUUAAUUUUCUUGUCUCCCAAACAAGAUCACUUUAUAAUGUUUUAAAUUUUUGGGAAUCUCACAACUGUCAAGGAAAAAGUGUUCGCCAAACAGGGUCUUAGAUCUGAAUGAGAACCCACAUUCUCUGGUUCAGAGAAUGUGCAUUCGAAUUCUAGAUCUUGAGCUGUAAAUAUAUUCGAUUUGUUUCGUAGCUAGAAUUCCACUUGAUUUUUAUUCCAAAAAAAAGGAGAAAGAAAUGGUGUUUUGGGAAGGGUAUGUGAGUGAUGAGGCAAUGGGGACCUUUGCACCAAUUGUGGUUUACUGGUUGUAUGCUGGGAUUUACCAGCUGUUGCCGCCUUUGGACAAUUACCGGUUGCACACUCGAAGAGAGGAGGAUGAGAAGAACUCGGUGCCCCUUCCCUCUGUCGUCCGGGGAGUAUUGCUUCAACAGCUAGCUCAGGCUACUGUAGCUCAGGGGCUCUUUGUGUUAACUUUAAAGGCCAAUACAUCUGGUAUCACAAUUCAGCCGUCCAUCCUUGUCCAGAUUGUGCAGAUUGUUGUUGCAAUGCUAGUCAUGGACACAUGGCAAUACUUUGUGCACCGCUACAUGCAUCAGAACAAGUUCUUGUAUCGACAUGUUCACUCUCAGCACCACAGACUUGUUGUUCCCUACGCAAUUGGAGCCCUUUAUAACCACCCACUUGAGGGUCUUUUGCUUGACACUUUUGGUGGGGCUCUCUCUUUUCUAGUCUCGGGAAUGACUGCACGGACGGCUGUUACAUUCUUCUGCUUUGCUGUGAUUAAAACGGUAGAUGAUCACUGUGGACUUUGGUUGCCUUAUAACGUCUUCCACACUUUCUUCCAGAACAAUACUGCUUAUCAUGACAUUCAUCAUCAACUUCAAGGCUUGAAGUAUAACUAUUCUCAGCCAUUCUUCCCGAUAUGGGAUAAGAUUUUUGGAACUUACAUGCCUUACAGUCUUGUAAAGAGACCUGAAGGGGGUUUUGAAGCGAAGGCAAUGAAAGCAGCGAAAGACUAGUCAGAAGAAAACAGUGUACUAAUCCAAGCUCACUUCACACAGGGAAAUUAUUUUGCUGAGAUUUUCUCAUUCAGAGGAUUCUGAAAUAGAUCCGAUAUAUGAGGCUAUUGUCUAGGCUCUAGCAGGAGGGUUUUGUUAUCCGAGUUAGUUCCUUUUUCUGUUGUGGUAUAUCUUUUCUUUAAUUGGUUGUGUUAAUUCUACCAAGCCUCCUUAUGAAUGUAAGCGUGAGAUAUUGGGCUGUCUAAUUUGUAGCAUAUUUGUUCAUGAUUAUGCGGCAGUUAGUUUUCAGGG